AUGAUUGCAGAUAUAUUGGUACAAGCCAAAUCGGGUACAGGUAAAACGUUGGUGUUUGCAUUGAUGGCUUUAGAGAACCUGAAUGCCCAAUUGAAGAAGCCCCAAGUGAUGAUAUUAGCGCCAACUCGUGAAAUCGUCAUGCAAAUUUCAUCCACGAUCAGACGUCUUGCUCCACCUGUAAUUCAUAUUGGUGUAUUCGUUGGUGGUAAUCGAAGUGUAGCAGAAGAUGUGAAGGAAAUUCGCAAAGGAGUUCAAAUAAUUGUUUGCACAACUGGACGUAUUUGUCAAUUGGUGAAUCAAGAUUUGAUAUCGACGAAUCAUAUUCGUCUAUUCGUUCUCGAUGAAGCUGAUAAACUGAUGGAAAAAGAUUUUCAAAAAGAUAUUAAGUUUGUUCCUUCUAUUGCUUUCUUGAUACUUAUUCAUUUCACUAUAAUUUUAGAAUUUUGUGUGAUUUUUUUGUGUUGUAUCUUUCAAAACGUCUACCAUUCCUGCCAUAAACGAGAAUGA